AUGCGUAUCGAGGCGCUCCAACUUCUCGGCGCCAUAUGUGAUUCGCAUUCUUCCAAUAUAUUGGCCUCAUAUCUUGACAGAAUCGUCUCUGCAGCAGUCAGCGCAGUCAAAGACAGCAAUUACAAAGUAUCUGGCGCUGCGUUGCAAACUUUGGAGGGUGUUGUAAAAGCCAUGACUCCUCCACGUACAGCAGGUACCGAGAAACAGCGGAUUGACUACCUCAGCAAAGUCUAUGAGGUGGUCUCGGUGAAGGCUACGUCUCUCGAUGUAGAUCUUGAAGCGAGGCGCAAGGCGAUACAUGCUCUUAGUGUUGUAUUAGCCCGUACUUCUGGCACAAACAACACGAAGCUCUUAGCUGCCGACAAACGAUCAAAUGCGCUUGACAUUCUACAUGAUCGCCUUAACAACGAAACGACACGUCUCUCCGCGGUGAAAGCUAUUGAAAUUGUGGCCGUAUCAGCCACAGACAAGAAUGACUUGCCGCCUUCUUGGAUUGAGUCUGUCUCGCUUGAGUUGGGAGCUCAACUGCGAAAGGCUGACCGCGAUUUGCGCGGUGCAAGUCUUGCUGCUCUACGAAGCCUCACCCAUAACCCAAGGGCAUUGAGCAAGUUAGACGAGUCAACGGUGCAGAGCCUAGCCACUCUGUUGCUACCCUUGGUAAGCGCCGGCGACUUCAAUCUGCUCGCCGUGGCGCUGUCAAUUUUGAGCCGAUUGGUUAAGUCCAGCCAUCAGACGGUCACCAAUGCGAGUCUCAAUAAAGCUCUCUGCGAUGUGAUCAUCUCGAACCCAGGAGGAAGAGCUUUCGAAGCGCUGCUAACAAUAGUUCAGGACAUUGGUGAGCAAGGCGUAGGUCAGCCACUCAUGCAUCAAUUGCUCCAAGAAAUUGGAGUAUCGGGAGAUCCAACGAUCGUUGGAAAAGUUAUCGGAACUCUUUUCGUCUCGGGCAGCGAUACUGUUGGUGUAACUCUAAAACAAUUCGAAAGCGAGCUACGAAACUCUAAGGACUAUGCUCGACAAUGCCUAGCCCUUUCCAUUCUCGGAGAAGUUGGCUCUCGAAUGGGGCCGUCUUUUCCUCUGCAAUCAGAUAUAUUCACUGAUCGGUUCAGCUCAAAGUCAGAUACGGUAAGGCGAACCGCUGCUAUAGCCCUUGGCCGUGCUGGUAGCGGUAAUAUAAAGGCAUGUCUUCCGACUAUUCUUUCCUAUACCAACAAGACAGGCCAAUUGCAAUACCUAUCGCUGUAUUCCAUCAAAGAGGUCCUUCAAAACGCCGGCAGCUCGAGAUCCGAUGUUUCUCCUUAUACAAAAAAGAUCUGGGAUAAUCUCCAUGCCGCAUCUCAGCUCGAGGACAACAAGACCCUAGGUGCCGAAUGCAUUGGUCGCAUCACGGCUAUUCAGCCUGGAACUUUUCUUCCCCUGCUUCAGGGCUAUCUGAAGGAGAAAAUCCCCACAGUGCGAAGUAUGGCCAUACAAGCUGUCCGUUUUACUUUUGCGGACAAUGAUGAGACUUUUGAUGAAGCCCUGAAGCCCAUUCUUGUUGAUAUGCUCUCCAUCAUGCUCAAUGAUCCUAAUACGGAAAACCGGCGUCUAGCUUUAGGAACGUUCAACUCAGCUUUUCAACACAAAUCUGACAUGAUAUCUCCACAUCUAAGCAUACUCCUACCUUUGGUAAUGAAAGACUCGCAUAUUGAUCCUGAUCUCAUCCGGGAAGUGCAAAUGGGUCCGUUCAGACAUAAGGUAGAUGAAGGGCUUGAAUUACGCAAGAGCGCAUACGAGACACUAUUCUCGCUCAUGGAGACCGCGUAUCCACGCAUCAAUCAUGCAGAUCUUUUUGACCGCGUCACUGCCGGUCUAGAAGACGAGCACGAAAUAAAGAUGCUCUGCAACUUGAUGUUGACAAAAUUGAUCGACUUGGAUUCUGACGAGACGGCCCGACGACUUGAUCCCAUCGCCGAGAAACUCCGGGUGAUAAUGAGCUUCAAACCCAAGGAGAACUCCGUAAAGCAAGAAGUUGAAAAAGCAGCUGAAGCGAGCAAGGCUGCCCUGAAAGUCACCGUGAGACUGCAUAAUUCGUUUCCAACAGCGUCCAGUGGCAGCAGUGGUGUUCAGUCACAGAACUGGAAGGGUUACUGGGAAUGGCUUAGUAAAGAGCACAAGGCUUUGCUGAUGAAUAUGGAGAACGAAGUCAAGACUCAGGCGGCGUGA